CGGCGAUGAUGGUCUCAGCGCCCCGCGCCUUUGCUGCCAUGAUGGCGCUGAGUCCGACGGCGCCACAACCCGAGACGACGAACGAGUCCCCUGCCUGGAUAUUCAGGGUGUUUGCCGCCACCCCGUACCCGGUCUGGACGCCACAGCCCAGCGGAGCAAACAGCUUGAGAUCCGUCUCCGGGGGAACCUUGACGAGGCAGCUUUUGUUGGCGAUGGCCAGCCGCGCAAAGGAGCUCUGGCCGAAGAAGUUGCCGUAGGUCGGCUCGCCGCUCGCGCCGCUUCUCAAGGUAAAGCUCUGGUCCGGGCGAAGGCCCGCCCAGGUGCGCGACAUCUGGUGGUCGCAGUAGCCCGGCAACUUCGCCUUGCAGUUGGCACAUUCCCGGCACGGAUUGAAGCUCAGGAUGACCUUGUCGCCGGGCCUGACGUGGUCGAUGUCGGCGCCGACUUCUCUGACGGUUCCAGCCCCUAGUAGUAAAGGGGUCACUGGUUAUAAUCUGUCUCUCGACAACAGUGAUGUGGCUAGGUGGAGGAACGGCAAACGGGAAGUCUAUCAUCACAUACCUUCGUGACCGAGAACGCGGGGAAACGGGAGCGGAAUGUGGCCGUGCAAGACAGCCAAAUCAGCGUGACAGACCCCCACGGCCUGGAUCUCGACAAUUGCCUCGUCGGCGCGGAUGUCGUCCAAAACAACCUCUUGCAGGCUCGGGGCCUCUCCGUCACCCGUCGCAACAAUGGCCACGGUCUUGCGACUCAUGAUGGGAAAGGUUUCGUCGAAAGAGGUGAUGGUGAAACCUGGAGAUCUAGGCCGAAGGGGAAGGGGACUUUAGAGAAGGCAUUAUUGCCACGGGAAUUCCAAUUCAUAUGGUCUUAACGCCCCCCGGGAAAUGAUCGACUUUGAUCCCGCCUUGGCUCUCAUUCCCGGACCCGUCGGGGUUGCUGGACAUGCUGGCACGGUGAGGCCCUGAAUGCCAUAUUUUCCGUACCAGCAUGUCUACAUGGAUUCUCUGCCUUGAAGAGUAAAUACGCCCUUAUCCCUCAAGGAGUAAGUACAGUCCUAAUCCGGACACCAAACAAAGAAGACCAUUCUCGCAUCUAGGCAAUAUUCGAGCUUGGACGAAAGCAUCAAUGGCCAUCACCCAGAAGCACGAAGGGCUGGACGUUAUCCCUCUCUGGAUCAAUGGAAAGGCCACCGAGCUUGACCCAACGAACCUGAUCGAAGUGACCUCCUCUGCGCAGGGUAAAAAGGUCUACUACGCACAAUCGGCCAAGGUGGAAAACGCUACUGCGGCCGUGGAUGCCGCGGCAGAGGCGUUCAAGACAUACAGUCUGGUUCCGUACCAUGACCGAAGGAAGCUCCUCAUGAGGGUGGCAGACAUCUUGGAAAGUCGAUCAGAGGAGCUGGCUCGAUAUCAGAUGGAGGAGACCUCUUGCCCGGAGAUGUGGGGACGCUUCAAUGUUGUCCUCGCUGCCAAAGCCGUUCGAGAGAUUGCCGCCAGUAUCACCACUGCCGCCACGGGAAUGAUGCCGCCACCAGAAACCGCCAAUUCAUUCUGCCUGGUCUUUAAGCAGGCCAUUGGAUCAGUCCUGACGAUCGCACCUUGGAACGGUAGCAUCAUCCUGUCCUGCCGGUCGAUCGCCGCACCCCUCGCUGCCGGAUGUACGGUUGUCUUCAAGGCGUCGGAACUCUGCCCCCGUACGCACCAUAGCGUUGUCGAGGCGUUUUUAGCUGCUGGGUUUCCCACAGGCGUUCUCAACCAGAUUCAAGCGAAGCGAGAAGAUGCCGCCAGCAUUACCGAAGCGAUCAUUUCGAACGCUGCCAUCCGGAAGGUGGAAUUCAUAGGCAGCGCAGCAGUGGGUAAGAUCAUCGGCCAGAUUGCGGCCAAGUAUAUGAAGCCGGUUUUGAUGGAGCUUGGGGGCAAGAACCCUGCCAUCGUUCUCAAAGAUGCGGAUCUGAAGAAGGCCGCCGGCUUGGCCGUUAACGGAACCGUGAUGCACCACGGUCAGGUCUGCAUGUCGACCGAUCGGAUCAUCGUCGAAAGGUCGGUUGCUGACGAGUUCAUCGGAUAUCUUCGUGAGGCGACUGCGGCACUCAAUGGCGAAGCCGGAUUUGGCGUGACGCCCGCGAUGGCCACAAAGGCGCAAAAGCUGGUCGCAGACGCCAUUGAACACGGAGCCACAUUCUUAAUUGGCGAGAACAAAUCGCGAGGAGAAACUGGCGCCGCCCUUGAACCGACUUUCAUCACCAAUGUCAAGCCCGACAAUCCGAUCUACGAUGUCGAAUCCUUCGGGCCCUCGGCCUCGGUUUUCGUUGUAGAGGAUGAGAACGAGGCAAUUAGGCUCGCCAACGACACCACCUAUGGCCUCACUGGUGCCAUCCAUACCAAGGACAUUCUGAGAGGCAUACGUGUGGCCAAGCAGCUCGAAGUCGGAGUGGUGAUCAUCAACAGCUUGACCUUGUUCGACGAAUCUCCCGUGCCUCUUGGAGGGGUCAAGGGAAGCGGCUGGGGCAAGAAUAAUAGUAGGUUUGGCAUCGACGAGUUCCUUGUCGGCAAGGCAAUCGCCAUCAUCGAUGAAGCACCGUCGUUCGGAUCGGGCUGAAUGUGGACGUGAACAGACUUUCAGAGGGCUUCAAGGAGUAAAUAUCUCUGAGACAAACACAAUGGCGAAUGGGCUCGAGGAAAUCUCUGGCUGUCAGAAACUGCAGGUCAGCUCAACAUAGAAAAAUGUGACCCUCCACCAAGUACUUGGGUGUGGAUACUGGUAAAAUAAUCAUUCAGAUCGAGCGAGCGACUGGGUGUGGCUGGCAUUCCGAGGUUUUCAAAUGGAGACCAAGUCCCAAGUGUGUCAUGCAUAUUACUAUCGUCACGCAAUUCGUUGACUGGCCUGACUUGGUCAGAU